UGUUCGGUUGGUAUCAGAGUUGUUUACAAAUGUCGUCGUGUCGGCUGCUGUCAGUGGUACUUUCAAUUUGUUCAAAACUGGUAUGUCAGCGAAGUGUUCAGAUUUGCGCUUAUCUAUGUUCAAGACGAAGAAUAAAGUGCUGCUGACAUAAGUUUUACGAGAAUAUCAAAUUAUGACUGACAUCGAUGUUGAAAGAGGGAAAACCACUUCCCACAGAGAACUAAAACAAGCUGCAGCAUGGGUUGAAGAUGAAAGCCAAGAAAUUAGAUUAAACUCGUCCAGUUCAUCGUCAAAUAAUGAACAUGAAAGCAUUGAGCAGUCCAAGAUUGAGCCAAAGAAUAAUUCAGCUCAUGGGUAUUCUAGCCCAUCUCAAGUUUCAACCAAAGAGUAUCCUCAAGUUGUUGUGAAGGAAACCGUUGAUGUAGAGCAAAGGGAAGUAGAUUUAAUUCCUACACAAGUCACACCUCGGCGCUAUGGUACCAAAAUUAAAUCUAGUCAAAAUGCUAGUGCUUCUGGUUCCACAACUACUUCACCCCUUAAAACACCCCUUGAAAAACUAACUCGCAUUCCUGAUAAAAAAAGUCACCAGGUAACUAAGAAUGAUCAAGGUAUGGAGAGACUGAGCUUAAAUAGCCGAAGAAUGUCAGCUGGGGAUUCUUCACUUGAUGGUCGCAGUAUCACAUCACAGUCUUAUUCUGAGACACGUUCUUAUAGAGAUAAACUGAAAGACCGCUUCCAGUCUGUGAAGGAAAGAGCUGGCAAUAUUACUUCAGAAACUAAAUCUAGGAAACUAAUGAUGGAUUCCAUUUCCCAACAAACAGCUAAACAGUCAAGAGCUGAUGAAUUACUUAAAAAGGAAGAAAUGGAACUUGAGGCAGCAUUGGAAAAGCACCAAAAUACGUAUAAAAAAAAACAGAUGGAUGGCAUCUCAGGACAGCAGAUAUCUUCGGCAGAUAUGUCAAUGGACUUUUUUGCUAAAGUUUGGGAUCCAGAACCAGAAGUUGUCGGUUCUCCAGUGGCUCUUGUUUCUCAGGAAGAAGAUGAAGCUAGUCGAUCUUCAUCUGGCCCAUGUGCUGAAGAUCAAGUGGAUGUCACUGGAGGAAGGGACCAUACUAAAUUACUAGCAGCUGACUAUUUAGGAUUCAGCCGAGAUGAGUGGGAACUUGUUGACCAUUCAGUGGGUCCUAUCCUUGAUGGCAAAGAUAAAUCUUGUGUUAAGGAAUCUGAAUUAUAUUUCUAUCCAUCUGCAGCGCCAGUAUCAUUAGAAGAUCGGUUAGGUUCUGGGAAAGAAGUCAGGUUUCGUGAAGAAGAAGGACUCUUUGUUGGUCAUCGCCCAAAAGUACGUACAAGUAAUAUUCAUCGUCUGGAAAAGAGAUUGCUGGAACAAGGAGGGAGGCAUUGGUUUGGAGAUGAUGGGGAAUUGAAUACAAUGCCUGAUCCUUUGAGAUCAGCACCAUACCGACCUCCAAGCCGCUCUCAAGGUGCAAAGUGUCUUCAAGUUGAAUAUAUCCCUGGGGCUAAGCAUCUUGUAUAUGAGAGUAAUUUGGCCUCUGAGGGUGCAAGUUGUGCACUACUAGAAAUCCACAUCGGUACCCUAUCUUUUCAUCAUCAUCCAUUAUUUAACCAAGAACAUGUGCUAUCUCAACGUUUAUCUGAUUUAUAUAACCAAUACAGUGUUAGGGAGGUGAUGCAGCAAGAGGAGAGAUUAGCUGGGCGAUUGGACUCACUUCGUCAAGCGUAUGACAAUCUUCAACUUUUGCUAAACUCCAAUGCAGCUGAUAUAACAUCACAACAGUUAGAUCGAAUGCAAUCGUACAAAAAGGAAAUUCGUGCUACCUGGCAACACUUACUAUUGGAAGGUUUCCGAAGCCGUCAACUUCUUCUGUCUUUACUCUCAUGUUGGCGUGAUCUCAGGAAACUUCGAGACACUCAAGGAUUUACUUGUACACCUCUAAGACUAGUCAUCCAUCGAGAGCAGCUUCCUCACAAUGAAAUGCUGGCUGAAAAGAUUAAAUGGGAAAAUGAAAUACGUCAGGCAUGUAUUGAAAUGGAAAUGGAGGAACAGGAAAGAUUUAGUCAUGAGUGGGAGGUAUAUCAGAGUCAACUAGAAGUUUGGAAGAAACAACAAAUUAUGAGAGGAAAAGUUUCUGAUGUAAGACAAGAAACAGUUGCAAAUGAGAUGGAAGAAGGAGCUGAGGAACAAACAAACAGUGAUGUUACCUCUCAGAUUAUCACAAACUCACGUGCAGUUAUCUCAGUUGAGGAACCAGUGGAACCAAAGCCUUUUGAUGGCAGCAAAAUUAGAGCAGAAGUUGUUGAUAAAAUGACUCUUUGCUUACGUCCUCCUGGUGAACCUAAGUUAAAAUUUGCUCUCAAAGAAACGGAGAGCAUUGAAAAUAGUCCAAAUGAUAUUGGGGAAAAGCAGCGCCGCAAAGCCCUGAGAAAGUGUCAACUUUUUGUCAGGGUUUUUUACAAUAACAAAGAAGUUUGCAAGACACAUGCGCACCCAUUGGGUUCUAAUUUUAAAAUAGUAUUCAAUGAAUGUUUCUCAAUUCGAAUUUCUCAACCUCCAGAUAGCAUUCAUCUCUCCGUAAUUGAAGAUGGGGCUGGAAGUGGAAGACACCAUUUAGCCCAAAUAUAUUUACCUAUUCCUUCAGCUAAUAAAACUCUAAAAUCAGCUGCAAUGGAAAACCAUGAGUUCAGUAGUGAUCGAAUAGUAUCUUUCAGCCAUACUGGUGUAGGUAGUGGUACAUUUAUCAGUGGAUCACCGGUGGUGAAUGGAUGUUUGUACACUUCUGGUGUUAUCAGCAGCCGCUCAGGAUGGGGUAUUGACCAGGAAACAAAAUUGAUUCUUGCUCCCCAGCAAAAAUACCUGCCAUCUAAUGACAGUGAACAGGUUUCAUCAAAUAUUUUGUCUGAGUUGGGGAAGGAUGGAACAUUAGAUUUAACAAAGUUGACUGAGUGGGCAAAAAAAUCUCAACUUGAUCCCAAUGAUCCUUCCAAUGCUUCCUUCUUUUUCCUUGUUAAGAACCUAAAUGCAAACUGCAAAAGGGAUUCAGUUUGUUUCCGUUUAGAUUCUUUACUGAGGGAAUUUGAUUUCUGUGACAGUAGAAGUCUUGAUAAUAAUCCAAGAUUGAAGAUGCUUACUCUUAGAGCUCAGGGUGAAUCCGAAUUUCGAGAAUAUAAAUUGGUUCCAAAUCGAGAAAAGGAAAUUCCUCUUGAAAUUUUUAAGACCUAUGAGAAAAGGCUCAAUGUAAGUGCUCGUGAAAGUGAAUUUGAAAUCGAAAUGACGUGGUCAGACCCUCUCUCAUCACACAGAGCUUGGGGUAGGUUGUACUUGGAGCGUGUUUAUCAAAGAGUUCUUGCUCAGUGUAAGCAAGCUCAACGAACCGCUAGUUUGCAUCACAUAAUUGCAGAAGAUCAGGUGCCAGACAUCAGCACCUUAGGUUUGACUUUCAUGAAAUGGCUCCAGCCAAAGCGACCUCUCAGACCCCUGCGAAAAGAGCGAAAAAAAGUUGCUGUUCAAAGUCUAGCUGGGCAAGAUGUAAAACUUAUGGUGAAUGUCAUACGUGCCUUUGAAGUGCCAGUGCGGAAGACAACAGAUUCCCUGCUUGGGUCUAUGUCAGUACCAUCGUCAUCUAAUCUCGGUUUUGUAACUGUUGCUGUGCGCCCUUUUGUUGAAAUAUCAUUUCAAGGAUCAACUCUUCGAACUACCACAGCAGAAGGUGCCAAUCCUACUUGGAACCAGGAUCUUCAAGUACCUGUCAGGCCUGGCAGCAGUGACUCAGACACACUAUUCAUUCACCUGUUUGAUGAAGUGAUAGUUGACCUUGUUGAUGAUGACAGACAGAGGGAAACAAGCAUACAUCAGCGUUUGGAAAGGAAUUGGCUUGCAAGUUUACACAUUCCUUUUACCACUUUGGUUCAUAAUGCUCGGAUUGAAGGCACUUUUAAGAUGUAUUCCCCGCCGAUGUUGCUGGGGUAUGAAAGAGAAUCUCACCAGAGGUCAGGUUGGCAGUCUGGUAAUUUUUCUCCAGAUCAAGGACAAUUAUUUCCUAAUAGAGAUGCUACAUUUAUUAAUCUAUUCAUAACAGUUCAGCCAGCUCUUAAUCCACCUGAACUUUUUAAUGAACGUCUGAACAGCAGUGAAGUAUCAGCCUUGGAAGAGCAUUUAAUUCAUUUUGAAAGAGAAAUGGAUGUUUUACUUCCUCAUAGAAAGAUAAAAACUUUAGUCAUUGAUGCAAGUGGAAAAUCAGUUUGUGUUACCAGAUUUUUUCGACCCUUAUCUCCACCUGCAACAUCUUCAGAAACUGUAAUAACAGAGGACACUGCUGCAAGAUUUGUUUCUAUGGUACCCAUGGCUCCUAAUCAAGGAAUGCUUGAUGUUUGGUUAACAUGUGAUCAAAUAUUGCGUUUAGGUUGGGGAGAUUCAUGGGCUCAUGCUGUUUUAUUAUGCUGCUAUUUUCUUGGCCUGGGCAAAAAAGCUUGGAUGCUUAUUGGAACAGGAAUACCUCAUGGAAUGACAGCCUAUGUAUUAGUUCGUGAAAAGCAAGAACAGGACAAAGUACAUUACUGGGUGUGGGACCCAACUGCAGGACAACGUUACAGUAUUUUUGACUCAUUUUGUCCUCUUCAACGAAUCUGUGGAUUGAUAAAUGAUGAAAAUAUCUGGAUAAAUUUACAAAAAGAAGAACUACCACGACGCACUCAGUUUAAUUUGGAUCGUAGGUCUGAUUGGAUGGCUGCAUUUGGACGAAGAGGUGCAAUUACUGCUCCUGUUGGUAGUGUGCAGCCAGCAUCAUUGCAUUACUCCCCAACAUCUUUCAAUGCUGCGACAACAUUACAGGACAAAUUGGAGAAAUUCUUGCGGGACUCUCUAAUGAAGUGGAGGCGAACCAAAGUAACUCUCUGGAAUCGGUACUGUAUAGCUACCUUACGCAAAAUUCUACCCCGCUUAGAACAAGCUAGUUGCUUUGGUUCUGGGGACAAUGCCAGUCCUCAUCAUACAAGAGAGCUACAACAUAUUCUAGCCUCACACAAGGUUUGCGGAUUCCCUAUCAACCUUCCAUACAAAUCAGUUGAAGCGAUUGUAGAGGCAGUUAGAGCCACAGGUGUUCACCAUAAUCAGGAUGAAAAUGCAGAAUUUGCAUUGGCAGUCUAUGUUCAUACUUUUCCUAACAAUAUUUUAUCAGUAUGGGUGUACGUUGCAUCACUGACCAAACUUCGUUAGGUUAACAUGAAAGAGAGAAAUACAUAUAUGUAAAUAAAUUAAAAUGUUAAAACAUUGA